UAGCUUUGAUCGCGGCGUUGGUCGCGUAUACCUAGUUCUAGUGUAGUUAAUCGAAAAAACAUCGGAAAAUGUAGACAAGGUGCGGAGAAUUUCGAAAAAAUAAACGAACUAACUCAAAAUAACCGGGAAAUCUCAAAAAUCGAAGUUAAAAAAAAAAUACUAAUUUUUUUUGUGCGCGUGUGUUUAAAGUUAUAGAAAAAGAUCAUUAGUUUACAUCGACAUUUUAACGCGAAUCAAUCGAAAACAAUAUUUAACUCCGAGUAAAAUGUAACAAAACUACUAAAAAUGAAGAAAUUUUGUAACAAACUAACUAAAAAAGACUGGAGAGUGACUAUACCCAACUUAAAUUCACCAAUAUUCAAGAAAUCACCUAAUAAAGAAGAAGAAGAAAUCAAAAACACCGACAAAACUUCUAAAAGAUCAUCCGGAUUCUAUGAUCUUCACGAAGCUCAGUUAGAGUACGACAAAUGCAGAAGCCUACCUAAUAGUAUUUACAUUGACAGCCCCAGCAGUUCAUCUGACAGUGAAACCGAUGACAAUUUCCAUGAUGCCAUAGAGAAAAGCAGCUACCAAGACGUCAGAAAAAGCAAUACCGAAUCAGAAACUGAUCAAGAACUCUACGUAGACGUUGAAGAACCAAGAAAUAUCAAUAAAAACAAUAGCAGGUUUGAGUACGAUGUUCCUAGGAUCAGUUUUAAGUUUGUAGAAAGAAAAAACACCGACGAAAACGUCUACGAGAAUGAUCCUGUUGAAUCUGAGCCAGUUUUAGUCAAACACACUAUUAAAAGCGAACUGAAGAUUGUUUUGAAGCCUUUAGAUUUGGAUGAAGCUGAUUCUACCAAAGUCUCGAUUCAUUCUCCUGAAGAAAUCAGUAAUAUUAAAGAAAAUAGUGAUGGUAAGGAUGAAGCAAGCGAUGUUGGUGAGGCUGAAGAGCCGAAAUGUCAUGCUUCGGAGAAAUUCGGCAGUCAGACUGAAGUAGUAGUGCGCAGGAGUCGCGAAAGUAUACCCCUGUCCAUUAUAAAAAGUGGUAGUGACCCGAAUCUCAGGUCUAGCAUCGAGGAUGACAGCCUGUAUAAAGUUCCUCGCAAUUUGAAGGCCCAAAAUCGACUUUCUCAGUCCUUGAAUGAUUUUGAUCCUGACAACAUGAAUCAAGAGAUCUCUAAGUCAAAUAAUUCGAGUAUUGAGCAUAUCUCUUGCAGCCAGGUUGAUUUGGCUAGGCAAAAUUUAGCAAUAAACCGGAAAAAUUCACUAUCUAAUGACUCAGUGAAACUGGAUUACUGCACGACUCGCAGUAAACUGCCUAUCAGGAUUAGAAGACCUUCCAUGCUGUCAAUUCCAAAAAAAUCAGUCGGGUCAUGGAAUAAUUUUAAAAAUAAAGUUAGCAACAUUAUAUCGGACCAACCAGCGCUACAAAAAGUCGGAGCUCUCACUGACAAAGACAAACUAGCUCAUAACAUCGAGGGAAUGUACAGGACGUCGAAAAAUAAGUGCAAGAAAGUAUUUAUAAACACCGGGAAGAUUUUUUCUGGAAAGGGAAGUCCUGGGAGACGAACCGGAAGUGCGGAAAACUCGGAAAAAUCUUGCUCGAACUCACCUAGUGUCGGUAGGACUAGUGAAGUAAGUUUUGCGCGAAAUAAACUGACUGCUAGUGAUAUCGAAUACAAACUGAACAUUGGUCCGGAGAAUGGUGCUGUUGUGAAUGUGAUUAGUGAGAAUGGAGCUCAGUCGCCUGUGAGUAACGAUGGAAGUGAAAUGAUCGAAGACAGGAUUAAGGAGGAGUACGACUUUUCCACGUUGAGGAGUACGUUCAAGAAGAAACUGUUUCUUCCUGAGGGUCAGAAUGGUUUUGAAGAUCUGCGAAGGUACGUCAAACAAGGAGGCGAUUUUUGCAAGGAACUAACUACUAUACUUCAAGAGAGAGCCGAGGCAGAGACUCAGUAUGCUAAAAGCCUGUCGAAGCUCAGCGCCAAACUGUCAAGGGCAUGUCGAGAAGGCGUUGGAGGUAUCAACGAAGCCUGGAAAGCUGUCGCUCAGGAACUGGAAGCCAAAGCCGAAGCACACAGGGUAGCUGGCAGCGCGUUGCUGGAAGACGCAGCCAAGCCACUGAAAAGCCUGACAGAAGGUCAGCACAGAUCUAGGAAGCAAUGUGAAGGGGCAGUUGAAAAAGCUGCACGUCUUCUAGCUGAUUGGCGAGCGGCUGAGGCCAAGGGCAAGAAGCACAGCCACACCUGCGCAAGGGACAACGAAAAGUUGCAGGACGCAGCAAUUUUUGACACUACCAAAUUCGGAAAACAAACGUUAUCGAAAAGUGCAAGUCUCAUCCACCUGGCUCAUCGACAGAAUUCCGCAGACAAGGAGAACGCCAAGCUCGAAGGGAAGAAGAAGAAAGCAGAAGACGCAGUCAAAAAGGCAGAUAUCGAAUAUUACACACUAUGUGUUAGGGCAGAAAGAGCCAGAUUAGAAUGGGAAUCUUCUGUACUGAAAGGAGUCAACACUUUCCAAUCAUUAGAAGAGGAACGAUUGAACAAUUUAAAAGUUGUUUUAAUGGCUUAUUAUCGAGUGAACAGUGAUCUAGACCCAAAGUUAUCAGAGGCAACGGAAAUAACUAGGGAUCCUAUCGCAAGAGCCGAACCCCCCAAAGAUCUGACCACUUUCCAGAACUUGAAGCAAACGUCACAGCAAAUGUCCGAACAGCUUCUUCCAGAUUUCUACUGCGAACACAUCACGUUGGCCAUGAAUCGAGAAAGAAGGAAACAGGCAUUAAUAAAGUUGUUGCACCUGAUCAGACAAGACGUUGAAAGAGAAAGAAAGUCAAAGAACGGACUGGAAAAUUUAUCCAAAGCCAUCAAGCAAACGCCUAAUUUUGGUACGGAGGACUCUCAACAAAGUGUAGUAGAAAAAUUAUAUCACAUGAAAUCGAUGUUGACUUAUCUAGAAGGCGCAAGGUACAAAGUGCAGAGUGCUCUGGCAGAGCUGGACAGUAGACCUAGAGCUGGACACCCUUUAGCUGCCCAUAUAACUAUUACAAGAGAUAAGUCUGGACUGCAACAAAGUGUUCUCAAGGUACCUCAAUGUUUACGGGAGGAGUUUCUAGAGUCCGAUAGAAGUCCAUUGAGUGAAAAGUCCCUCAAAUCGGACAAAUCGGACAACUCGGACCCUCACAUCAAUGACGUAGAUGACCACGUGUUGCACGAUUGGCCCCAUAGAGGCCAUGGAGAUGGAAAUUCAAAUCAGCCCGAUUCAGAUUUUGAUGAAUUCUCAUCUCAGUGUAGCAGUACGGAUAAUCCUGCUGAAGCUGAGAAUAUUCACCCCAUCGCUAGAUGCAGAGCAAUAUACGCUUACACACCAAACCUUCCUGAUGAAUUGUUACUGAGUCCUGGAGAUAUCCUAAAGGUCUACAGACAGCAAGAUGACGGCUGGUGGUUAGGCGAAUGUAACGGCAACGUUGGAAUAUUUCCAGCGACUUACGUGGAGAUAGUACCAGCUUGAGAGUGUCUGUUAGGAAUAUAGUACGGGUUUUUAAUAGAGAGACUGACGUCAUAGUGUGUGCGUGGUCGUUGAAAACAUAGGAAAUCCCAUGAAAAUUUUGAACUGUCCAAAUAUUGGAUUUCCUAUUAAUUUUACAGAUAAGUCCUAAAUAGUUUUUUAAAGUUCUGUAAGUUUCUUGUAUGCAACAUACUGUAUUUUAUUUAUAAAAUUAAAAGAAAAUAAUAAUAAAUUUGAAUAAAUAAUAUUUGGCGACAUAAUUCCGGAAAAAGCCGAACCGAUCCGAAAUUAUCAAAAGCUUUGGGUCGCGACCGUUGCAAGAAUAGCGCCAAAUAGUGUUUACAUUGUCCUUAUGGGCACUUUCCAAUCUAAACUUGUUUCAUUUAUCUAUGAAGGGUACGUUGGAAUUUACUUGUUAUUGGCAUGUGUAUUCAGCAUACAACCUUUAAAAAACAUGUUUACUACUUAUCUGUAAAAUUAAUAGAUGAGCCAAUAUUCGGAGAGUUCAAAAUUUGCACGCGAUUUCCUAUGUUUCCAACGAUACAUACCGGUAUAUUUUGUUACUUGUUUCAAAGUAAAAUGUGUAUAACUAAUAGUAGAAUAAUUCUGACUACUUUCUAGCGCUUAAGAUUAAUAAGGAAGUCAAGACGUCAGUAUCUUGUUAGAAAAUCUAUACUAUACAUCACAAAAUUAACACAAAAUAAAGACUGAUACGUUACACAAAAAAAGGUUCACUGUGUCAAAGGGUAAAUUAUUUUUACCACUCUGUAUACUGUAUUGAGAUUGGUGGUUCUUGAUAUAUAUGCCUAAACGGACAUAUUUUAAAUAGUGAUAUGAGGAAAUAAUGAUUUUUUUAUACGUAUUGUUGAGAAAUAUUUAAAUUGUGUUAAAAAAAAGAGAGUAUCGAUAUUUAUUACUUUUAAUUUGUAAUAUUCGGUUGUUUUUAUUAUUCUAGCCACUAAAACGUGUACAAUAAGGUGUUAACUAAUGUAUAAAUAAAAUACGUUUUUUAUAUAA